UUUUUUUGUUAUUUACCAAAAUGGCGCCUGUGAGUGCUACGUCAUCAUCGUCAAUAUUCAACAAGAUCGGAUACUGGUCACCCAAUACAGCAUCUGUGGACUGGUGCGAAAGCAAUUAUGAAGUCUCAUAUUACAUUGCAGAAUUCUGGAACACAAUCUCCAAUCUUCCCAGUCUCUUGUUAGUGAUCCUUGGGUAUCAUCUAUUUCCAACAAACGAUGGACGGUUCAAACUCUUGUUUUGGGUCUGCGGUACUGUUGCAGUUGGUUCUGCCCUAUUUCAUGGCACGCUGCGACAUAAAAUGCAGCUUCUUGAUGAGUUACCCAUGUUGUAUUCUGCCACGAUUAUUCUAUACAUCCUCGUAGAAACCAAGCAUGGUCGUCAAGGACCUUGGUUCCCUGCCCUGUUGACGGUGUGGAUUUCCUUGACAACGUUCAUAUUUUCAACUGCCAGUGGCAAGAUCCAGUUCUAUACCUUCCAAUCGACUUAUACGAUCCUGCAAUUCUGCAUGAUCUACUAUCUUCGCGUUCUGCAUGUCCAACAAAGCGCAAAGCAUCAAUCAUCCAUCUCGACUGCGAACAGUAAUGUUACCUCCACCAGUUCCAAUACUUAUACUUCCCGUCAAACGAAGGUAAAUUACAGUUCCUAUAAGCAACCGUCGCCAUCGCCCUCUCUGAGACCACAAGCCAUGGCGGAUGUCAAGAUUUUGAUUCGCCGGGCACUUGGAUUUGGGGCUCUAGCAGUCUCGAUCUGGCUGGUUGACUUGCGUCUUUGCGAGUUUAUUAACGGCAAAGGAGCACAGUCACUGUUGAAAUGGAACCCGCAGCUUCAUGCAUGGUGGCAUGUGUUCUCAGCCGUUGCUAUGUAUCAUGCUGCGCUGCUCGUUAGCUUUUAUCAUUAUGAUGUACUGGAAAGAAGUCCAGCCGUGUAUCAUUGGAAGGGUGUCGUGCCUGCCAUCCGUCUUGGAUCGAAGUUGAAACCGAGAGAGCGUUAAUAAACGAAAAAGUCCGU